GCGCACGUCAGCUGUUCAUUAGUCGCCGCCCGUCACGGAAUCCGACAUAUUGCAAGAGUAACUUUCGGGGAAGCUUGGUUCCAAAGCGCAGACUCUUGCUAGUGUGCAAGACAGGGACGUUUUGUUACUAACGCGCCCGGAGAAUUAUAAUUUCUUGAGACAAAGCCUCGCGAAAUGGCGCCCGCGCCGAAGAUCGCGCCGUCCAUGCUUUCGUCGGAUUUCGCGAAUCUCGCGAGCGAGGCGCAGCGAAUUCUCUCUUGUGGCGCUGACUGGUUACACAUGGAUGUCAUGCAACUUCGUGCCUAACCUCACCAUCGGCCCUCCAGUAAUCGCCGCCCUACGAAAGCACACCGAUGCAUAUCUGGACUGCCACCUCAUGGUCACAGACCCAUUCGCCUACGUUGAGCCAAUGAGCAAGGCUGGAGCCUCCUCCUUCACCUUCCACGUGGAGGCUGUGCCAGCAGACAAAGCACAGCAGCUAAUAAAGGAGGUGCAUGCAGCGGGCAUGAGGGCGGGAGCAGCCAUCAAGCCGUCCACGCCUAUCGAGUCUGUGCUACCCCUGUUGGAGGGGCAGGAAGCGGUGGACCUGGUGCUCGUGAUGACAGUGGAGCCGGGGUUUGGAGGACAGGCGUUCAUGCCGGAAAUGAUGCCCAAGGUUCAAUUUCUGCGCUCGCGGUUCCCUGAGCUAGAUAUUCAGGUGGAUGGGGGGUUGGGUCCGUCCACAAUCGCCCAAGCCGCAGCAGCUGGUGCCAACUGCGUCGUUGCGGGAAGCUCUGUUUUUGGUUCUUCUGACCCUGCUGCUGCCAUUGCGGUGCUUCGUGAGGCUGUGCUUCAAGCGCAAGGAGGCACACAGUAAAAGUUGCUAGCAUCGACCAGGUCGGGUGCAGUGCCAGGAUUUCAAAGCAUAAACACACGCAUCAUUCUAGGAGUUUCUUUUCUUGUAGCUCAGCUAAGGCUGUUGUACAUAUAUAGGUAGUUAAAGCUUUAUGUAGGGAAAUAUGAUGCAAAUAUCGUAGUAAAAAUUGUUGAGAUAAAAUUGCCGUAUUUGUUACGAGGCUAUGUGUUACGGGUGUCUACU